UUAGAAGAUUCUGUAAAUUAAUGGUUGGUCUUUGAUGACGGUUACCAAAUUGAUGAAGAUCGUGAAGAACAAGGAGAGUUGAGUUUAAAAGUGAAAGACACAAAUUUCCUGCUGUCUUCGUUUCCUCUAACAUAAGUCAAAGAAAAGAAAAGAGAGACAGCGUUGCUUCCUAUUUGCAUGCCUUUGCUAUGUGCUGACGUACGCCUUCCUCUGCGCACCAUAGCCUGCUUCAGUUUCAUCACUUGGAGCAAUUCAAAACUUCUCUGAAAACUGAAAACCCAAUUGCCAGAACCUUCUCAUCAUACCAAAGUGUUCCUUCAGGAGAAGAGAUCAUGAGCUGCUUCAGUUGUUGUGUACAAGAUGAUAUCCGCAAAGUUUCCGAGAAUGGACCGUUUGUAGCAAAUAACUCAGCAGGCAGUAGUGGAGGUUACUAUCACAGAGAAACUGCACCAAAGGAUACUCAGACUGUAAAUAUACUACCCAUUGCUGUCCCUGCCAUUCCAGUCGAUGAAUUAAAAGAUUUGACAGAUAAUUUUGGCACAAAGUCCUUAAUUGGGAAGGGUUCAUAUGGAAGAGUAUAUCAUGGGGUUCUGACAAGUGGGCCAGCUGCAGCUAUUAAAAAGUUAGAUUCCAGUAAACAACCUGACCAAGAAUUUUUAUCACAGGUCUCCAUGGUUUCAAGACUAAAACAUGAAAAUGUUGUUGAGCUUGUUGGUUAUUGUAUUGAUGGCCCUCUCCGUCUCCUUGCCUAUGAGUACGCUCCUAAUGGGUCACUUCAUGAUAUUCUCCAUGGACGGAAAGGUGUUAAGGGAGCACAGCCAGGUCCAGUUCUGUCAUGGGUGCAAAGGGUUAAAAUUGCUGUUGGAGCAGCAAGAGGACUUGAAUAUUUACUUGAAAAGGCUCAGCCUCAUAUAAUCCAUCGUGAUAUUAAGUCCUGCAAUAUACUGCUUUUUGAUGAUGAUGUUGCAAAGAUUGCUGACUUUGAUCUGUCAAAUCAAGCCCCUGAUAUGGCUGCACGUCUUCAUUCCACUCGUGUUCUUGGGACUUUUGGUUAUCAUGCUCCAGAAUAUGCAAUGACCGGACAGCUGAGUUCAAAAAGUGAUGUUUACAGCUUUGGUGUAGUUCUGCUUGAACUCUUGACUGGGCGCAAACCUGUUGAUCACACAUUGCCACGUGGACAGCAGAGCCUUGUGACAUGGGCAACACCGAAACUCAGUGAAGAUAAGGUGAAGCAGUGUGUGGAUGCUAGACUCAAUGGAGAAUACCCUUCCAAGGCAGUUGCAAAGCUGGCUGCUGUUGCUGCCUUGUGCGUCCAAUAUGAAGCUGAUUUUCGGCCAAAUAUGAGCAUUGUCGUCAAGGCUCUACAGCCGCUAUUGAAUGCUCGGUCCGGCCCUCACCAUUGAAACAAAAAACGCCUGGAUUCGCGACCUGUCAAUCUCUCUUGCAGACAAUAUUGUUGAAGAUUCAUUUGGUAAACGUAGUUGUGUAGAUCAUGUAACAUCCUCUGGUCCCCUUGAGUCAUCAAAAUCUUACUGAUCCUAUAUAAUUCACAUUGAUUCUGCUACCGGUUUAAAAGUUGCUUAUUGGAGCUUGGGUUAUUUGACCAUUCUACA